GUAGAACUACCAUUGUACAUAAAACAAAAUCGACUGAUAGUGUUGUUUUAUUUUAACCUAAAAUAUAAAUAAAUAAUCAUAAAUAAUUUUUUAAAAUGGAAGAAAUUAAUGCUUACAAAGAACAGCUUAGACAAAUUGAAGAGGCAUUAAAAGCACCAUUAAAUGACACUCAAAAGAAUGAACUGUUUGUUUUAAAGAAUUCCAUACUGGAACUGUUAUCUUUGACAAAUGUUGAAACUGACCAAGAUGCCUCACAAAGUCAAUCAAAAAGUUUGGAUGAUGAAUAUGCGUUAUUCAUGACUGAAUUAUAUAAUGAAAGUACAAAGGAACAAAAUUGUGAUAAAAAUGAUUCAAAACAACAAAGGAAAUUUGAUUUGGAAUCAUUAGAAGGGAUGAAAUGUAGGGCUCCAUACAAACAUAAUUGGGGAAACAUUGUUUAUCAUAAUGCUAUGGUUUGCAGCAUAAUAUCUGAAGAUUUAUCAAAUGAAGAAGAUAUUAAGGUUCGAGUUUUGUUCAUGAAUCCAACUCACCAAAAUAUGGUACCAUGUCCUUACUACUUUGAAAAAGAUUGCAAAUUUUCAGAAAAAGCUUGCUAUUAUUCCCAUGGUGAAGUGGUUAUGCUUUCUAGUCUACAAGAAUAUACUGAACCAAAUUUUGAUAAUCUCACUGCUGGUGCUAGUGUUUUAGCAAAGGAGAACAACUUGUGGCACAGGGCAAGAAUAAAGAAAAUUUAUGAUAAUAAAUGUGUGGUCCGAUUUGAAAGUAGUCAGGAAUCUGUUGAGCUUACCUUUGAUCAUUUGUUACCACUUGGUGAUGGUGAGGAAGGCACUGAAACUGAGGGCAGUGAUGAAGAUGUCUGUGAAAUUGAUGAUGUUAUAAAUAUGAGUUUAAUGGUAACUCCUAGUAGUCAGGCUUUCGGAGAUUGGGAAAAACACACUAGGGGUAUAGGAUCAAAGUUGAUGCAGAAAAUGGGCUAUAUUGUAGGAACUGGGUUAGGGUCUCGCUGUGAUGGUAGAAUUGAUCCUGUUUCUGCAGUUAUUCUACCUUCUGGAAAAUCUUUAGAUUAUUGUAUGAAACUACGAGAAAAUGCAGGAGGCGACAAAGAUUUAUUCAGUGUUGAACGCAAAAUGAAACGACUACAGAAAAAACACGAAGCACAGAGUAAACGUAAUUACGAAAAUGAGAAAAAGAAAGUCGAUAUGUUCAAUUUUAUAAACAAAACACUUUCGGGACCAUCUGGAUCGUCGCACUCAAAAAGCGAUCAUCGACGUGAAAUAAAAAAAGAGACCUCCAGAAAUUUGAAUGUGGCCAGUUUACAGACCGACGAGAGUAUCAGAAAGGUUGAGAGGGAUUUAUAUAAAAUUAAGGAAUCACUAACUAGACACACUGAUAAGACUUCAGCAGUGCAUAUACAACUUAAGGAAAAAUUAAUCUGCAAAGAAGGCGAGCUGAAGAUGUUGCAAAGUCAAGCUUUGAAUAUAAAGAAUGAGCAAAAUGUUAGAAAUGAUAAGAAGAAAUUGACUAUUUUUUAAUGCAUUAUAAUAUUAUUAAAUUGUGAAUUGUCAAAUAACUUUACAUCUCAGGGUUUAUUCAUGUAAUAAAUAUUAAUUUCA